AUGACGACCGCUCCUGCGCCUACUCCUCGCGACGUCUCCACGACUCUCAACUACCACUUCGCUCUCGACGAUGAGCCACCGUACCAGUAUGCCCUCCAGGAGCCUCCCCCAGGCACGAAGAGGACGAACGUCACCUUCGAGACCCACCCCGUGGUCGUGCAUGAUGCGCGUGGGCGCGAAGACGAAUUGACCCUCGACACGACGGGGUUUCAAUUCUUGGUGUCGCCCAGCACCGAGAAGGCGUUUGACAACGACGAGCGCAUCAAGUUUCAGUACUACCCCGAAGUCGAGGCGCUCCUGAAGAAGGUCACAGGCGCGAAACGCGUCUUCAUUUUCAACCAUAUCGUCAGACGCAGCAUUGAUAAGGAGAUGGGGAUGACAGAGAGGAAUCGCGGCCCUGUGGAGGGCGUGCAUGUCGACCAGGCAUACGACGCAACCGUAAAGCGCGUGCACGAGCACCUCCCCGAAGAAGCCGACCGCCUCCUGCAGUCACGCGUGCGCCUCAUCAACGUCUGGCGGCCGAUCGCGAACCCCGUCGCGCACAAGCCGCUAGGAGUCUCGGACUGGCGCUUCCUCGACGAGCGCGACCUCGUCCCUGUGCGCCUCAUCAUGCGGCACCGCGAGGGGCGCACGUUUAGCGUGCGGUAUAGUCCGAAUCACCGCUGGUACUACCUCUCGAGCCAAACCCCGGACGAGGUGACGCUGAUCAAGUGCUACGACUCGGAGGUGGAUGGGAGGGCGCGGUUGAGUCCACAUUCGGCGUUCUUGGAUCCGACUUCGCCGAAGGACGCACCGCACCGGCAGUCCAUCGAGGUUCGCGCUCUGGUUUUCGAUGCGGAUUAG